AUGGCCACUAGAACCAUCAAGAACAAGUACGAGUCAUACGAUGCAGCAUUGUCUCUUCAAAGACAAGUUUUAUGUUACUCCAAGGACCAAAAGGAAAUCUACUACACUGCAGAUCCUGCUGACUUGGAAGAAGAAUCUUCAGAGCCAGCUCCAGCUGCAUCUUCUUCUGCACCAGCACCGGUUGCAGCAGCUCCAGCGCCUGUUGCAGCAGCGCCAGCGCCAGCAGGCCCAGUUGCAGGUGUUGCAGAUGCUCCUGUCCCAGCUGCCUUGGUUUUGCGUACUCUGGUUGCUCACAAGUUAAAGAAACCAUUGGAGGAUAUUCCAAUGACUAAGACCAUCAAGGACUUAGUUGGUGGUAAGUCUACUGUUCAAAAUGAAAUUUUGGGUGAUUUGGGUAAGGAAUUUGGUGCUACUCCAGAAAAGCCUGAAGACACUCCAUUGCAAGAAUUGGCAGAUCAAUUCCAAGGUUCUUUCAAUGGUACCUUAGGUUCUCAAACCUCAUCUCUUAUUGCCAAGUUGAUGUCCUCCAAGAUGCCAGGUGGAUUCUCUGUUGGUGCUGCUAGAAAAUACCUACAAUCCAGAUGGGGCCUAGAACACGGCAGACAAGAUGCAGUCUUAUUAUAUGCUCUAACGAACGAACCAGCUGCCAGAUUAGGUUCUGAACCAGAAGCUAAAGCUUUCUUUGAUGCUGCAGCCCAAAAGUAUGCUGCAGCAGAAGGUGUUUCUCUUUCAUCGGGCGCUCCAGCCGGCGGUGCUGUUGCAGUUGGUGCUGUUGCAGUUGCAGCAGGCGCAGGCCCAGUUGCAGAUGUUCCAGAUGCUCCUGUUCCAGCUGCCUUAGUUUUACACACUUUAGUUGCGCACAAGUUAAAAAAACCAUUGUCUGAUGUUCCAAUGUCAAAACCAAUCAAGGAUUUAGUUGGAGGUAAGUCUACUGUUCAAAACGAAAUUUUGGGUGAUUUGGGUAAGGAAUUUGGUUCCACACCAGAAAAGCCAGAAGACACUCCAUUGCAAGAAUUGGCAGAUCAAUUCCAAGAUUCAUUUAACGGUACUCUAGGUAAGCAAUCAUCUACUUUGAUUGCCAAGUUGAUGUCCUCCAAGAUGCCAGGUGGAUUCUCUGUUGGUGCUGCUAGAAAGUACCUACAAUCCAGAUGGGGGUUGCAACAAGGUAGACAAGAUGCAGUCUUAUUAUAUGCUUUAACAAACGAACCAGCUGCUAGAUUAGGUUCUGAAGCAGAAGCAAAGAGUUUCUUUGACACUGUCGCUCAAAAAUACGCUGCAGCUGAAGGUGUUUCUCUUUCUGCAGGCGGUGCAGGCGGUGCAAGUGCAGGUGCUGGUGGAGCAGUCAUGGAUACUGCAGCUUUAGAUGCAAUUACCAAAGAAACCAAGGACCUAGCUCGUCAACAAUUAGAAACUCUAGCAAGAUACCUCAAGUUGGAUUUGACCAAGGGUGACAGAUCUUUGAUUAAGGAAAAGGAAGCAUCUAAGGUUUUACAAGCUGAGUUAGAUUUAUGGGCUGAAGAACACGGGGAAUUCUAUGCCUCAGGUAUCAAACCAGUUUUCUCUCCAUUGAAGGCUAGACAAUACGAUUCAUACUGGAACUGGGCUAGACAGGACUCUCUAUCCAUGUACUUCGAUAUUAUUUUUGGUAAGUUGAAAUCAAUUGAUAGAGAAACUGUGACCCAAUGUAUUCAAAUUAUGAAUAGAGCAAACCCAACUUUGAUUGAAUUUAUGCAGUAUCAUAUCGACCACACUCCAACUUAUAAAGGUGAAACUUACGAACUUGCGAAGAAGUUGGGUCAACAGUUGAUUGAUAACUGUAAAGAGAUGCUUUCUAAGAACCAAUCACCUGUUUUCAAGGAUGUUUCAUACCCAACCGGUCCAAAAACCACUGUCGAUGCUAAGGGUAACAUCAAUUACGAAGAAGUUUCUAGAGAUUCUUGUAGAAAGUUCGAAGAGUAUGUCCACGAUAUGGCGAAGGGUGGCGAGAUGACUAAAGAAGUCAAACCAACUAUCGAGGAAGACUUAGCUAAGGUUUACAAGGCUUUGUCCAGACAAGCAUCUGCUGAAAAUCAAUUGCAAAUUGAAAGCUUAUACAAACAAUUGAUCGAGUUCGUCGAGAAAUCCAACGAAAUUGAAGUCUCAAAGUCUGUUUCUGCUGUUUUAGACAACGAAUCUACCGAUGAUGAAACCGAUGAAAUCGCAUCAUUGAAAGACUUCUCUGAAAUUAAAAAGCCAGUUUCUUCCACUAUUCCACCAGAAACUAUUCCCUUCUUACACAUCAAGUCCAAGACUAAGUUAGAUUCUUGGGUUUACGAUAAGACCAAGUCUGCUUUGUUUUUGGAUGGCUUAGAAAAAGGUGCAGUCAAUGGUAUCAGUUACAAAGGUAAGAUUGCCUUAGUCACUGGUGCAGGUGCAGGCUCUAUUGGUGCAGAAGUCUUGAAGGGUUUACUGUCAGGUGGUGCUAAGGUCAUUGUUACUACCUCUAGAUACUCAAAGAAGGUUACUGAAUACUACCAAUCUUUAUAUUCUAGAUUUGGUGCAUCUGGUUCAGCGUUGGUUGUUGUUCCAUUCAACCAAGGUUCCAAGCAAGAUGUUGUUGCGUUAGUCAAGUACAUUUAUGACGAUGUUAAGCAGGGUGGUUUAGGAUGGGAUUUAGAUUUUGUUAUUCCAUUUGCUGCUAUUCCAGAAGCUGGUAUCGAAGUUGAAAAUAUUGGCUCUAAGUCCGAAUUAGCACAUAGAAUCAUGCUAACUAACUUGCUGAGAUUAUUAGGUGAAGUUGCAUCUAACAAGAGGGCAAGAAACAUCACCACCAGACCAGCAGAAGUUAUCUUGCCAUUGUCACCAAACCACGGUACUUUUGGUUCUGACGGUUUGUACUCUGAAUCCAAGCUUGCCUUAGAGACCUUAUUCAACAGAUGGCACUCAGAGUCUUGGUCCACAUUUUUAACUAUUUGUGGUGCAGUCAUUGGUUGGACCAGAGGUACCGGUUUAAUGUCCGGUAACAAUAUGAUUGCAGAAGGUAUUGAGAAAUUGGGUGUGAGAACUUUCUCCCAAAAGGAAAUGGCAUUCAACAUCUUAGGUUUAAUGACCCCUGAAGUUGUUAGAAUGUGCGAAGAAGGUCCAGUUAUGGCCGACUUGAAUGGUGGUUUACAAUUUAUUGAAAACCUAAGAGAGUACACAAACCAGUUGAGAUCCGAGAUUAACAACACGUCUGAAGUUAGAAGAGCUGUUUCUAUUGAAACUGCCAUCGAACAUAAAAUUGUUAAUGGUGAAAAUGCCGAUGCUCCAUUUAAUAAGGCAGAAGUUAAACCAAAGGCUAACUUAACAUUUGACUUCCCUGAAACUAGUCCAUACGAAGAAAUCAAGGCCAAGGCUCCUGAACUCGAAGGCAUGUUAGACCUUGAAAGGGUUAUUGUUGUCACCGGUUUUUCCGAAGUUGGUCCUUGGGGUAAUUCUAGAACUAGAUGGGAGAUGGAAGCUUUUGGCGAAUUUUCUCUCGAGGGUUGUAUUGAGAUGGCAUGGAUUAUGGGUUUCAUUAAAUAUUUCAAUGGUAACAUUAAGGGUAAGCAAUAUACUGGUUGGGUUGACGCAAAGACCAAUGUACCAGUUGAUGAUGUUGAUGUUAAGAAGAAGUAUGAAGCAGAAAUCCUUGCACAUUCUGGUAUCAGAUUGGUUGAACCUGAGUUGUUCCAUGGUUAUGAUCCAAACAAAAAACAAUUAAUUCAAGAAGUUGUUAUUCAGCACGACCUAGAACCAUUUAUUACUGACAAGCCUACAGCAAUGCAGUACCAAUUACAACAUGGUGAAAAGGUUGAAGUCUUCCCAGACGAGUCUGGCGAAGAAUAUUCUGUUAAGAUCUUAAAGGGUGCUACACUGUAUGUUCCGAAGGCAUUAAGAUUUGAUAGACUAGUUGCCGGACAAAUCCCAACCGGUUGGAAUGCAAAACACUAUGGUAUCUCAGAUGAUAUUAUUGACCAAGUUGAUCCUAUCACUUUGUAUGUCUUAGUUGCGACCGUCGAGGCAUUGCUAUCUGCUGGUAUUACUGAUCCUUACGAGUUCUACAAAUAUGUCCAUGUCUCUGAAGUUGGUAACUGUUCUGGUUCUGGUAUGGGUGGUGUCUCUGCAUUGAAGGGUAUGUUCAGAGAUAGAUAUAAGGAAAUUCCUGUUCAAAACGAUAUUCUCCAAGAAUCUUUCAUUAACACCAUGUCUGCUUGGGUUAAUAUGCUGUUGCUUUCAUCAUCUGGUCCAAUCAAGACACCUGUGGGUGCUUGCGCUACUGCAUUGGAAUCUGUUGAUGUUGGUGUCGAAACUAUUUUGUCAGGUAAGGCUAAGAUUGUCUUAGUUGGUGGUUAUGAUGACUUCCAAGAAGAAGGUUCUUAUGAAUUCGCAAACAUGAAUGCUACUUCUAAUGCAGUUGAAGAAUUUGCUCAUGGUAGAACACCUGAUGAAAUGUGUAGACCAGCAACAACAACUAGAAAUGGUUUCAUGGAAGCUCAGGGUUCUGGUAUUCAAGUUUUGAUGACUGCUUCCUUAGCUUUACAAAUGGGUGUUCCAAUUUAUGCUAUUGUUGCGAUGAGUUCCACCGCAAGUGAUAAAAUUGGUAGAUCUGUUCCAGCUCCAGGUAAGGGUAUCUUAACUACCGCAAGAGAAUACCAAGGUGACUUGAAGUAUAAAUCUGCUAAGAUGGAUAUCAAAUACAGAUCUAGGCAACUGAAGAACAGAAUUGCUCAAAUUAAAAACUGGGCUGAAGGUGAGUUAGAUUACAUUCAAGAAGAAGCUGCACAGUUGGCUGAGUCCGACGCCUCUUUCAACAAAUCUGAAUUCUUGAGAGAAAGAACUGAAGAAAUCGAAAGAGAUGCAAUCAAGCAGGUGAAGGAUGCUCAGAGACAACUUGGUAAUGAAUUCUGGAAGAACGAUCCAAGAAUUGCUCCAAUUAGAGGUGCUUUGGCAACAUACAAUUUAACCAUUGAUGAUCUGGACGUGUGCUCUUUCCAUGGUACAUCCACCAAGGCUAACGACAAAAAUGAAACUGCAACUGUUGAUAAGAUGAUGCAACACUUGGGUAGAACUGAGGGUAAUACUGUCUAUGGUGUUUUCCAAAAGUUCUUAACUGGUCAUCCAAAGGGUGCUGCAGGUGCAUGGAUGUUGAAUGGUGCUAUUCAAAUCUUAAACACUGGUAUUGUUCCAGGUAAUAGGAAUGCGGACAAUAUUGAUAAGGUUUUGGAGGAUUACAAGUAUGUUUUAUUCCCAUCCAGAACUAUCACUACUGAUGGUAUCAAGGCCGUUUCUGUCACCUCUUUCGGUUUCGGUCAAAAGGGUGCACAAGCAAUUGUUAUUCACCCAGAUUACUUGUACGCAGCUCUUUCGAAGGAAGAAUAUGAAAGUUACACUGCUAAGGUCUCAUCCAGACAAAAGAAGUCAUACGCGUACAUUCACAAUGGUAUGUUGAACAACUCUAUCUUCGUUGCUAAGGACCACGCUCCAUACAAUGACGAUCAACAAGAAUCCGUUUACUUAGAUCCAUUAGCAAGAGUUUCUCCAAAUAAAAAGGAUGAGCUAGUUUUCAACGAUAAUGAAUUGCAGGAAAACGGUAAAUACAUCUCACCGGUUGCUGAUAAAACAGCUUCAGUUCUCUCUAAUUUGACCAAGGAACAGAUUGGUUCAAAGGGUGUUGGUGUUGACGUUGAGUUAAUUGCCGAGAUUAACAUCAACAAUGAAACCUUCAUCGAAAGAAACUUCACUGAAGAAGAAAUCAAGUACUGUUCUGGUUCCGCUAACCCAAGAUCAUCAUUUGCUGGUGCGUGGUCUGCAAAGGAAGCAGUUUUCAAAUCUUUGGAAGUCGAAUCAAAGGGUGCAGGUGCUUCAUUGAAAGAUAUUGAAAUUGUCCAUGCUGCUAAUGGUGCGCCAACUGUUACUUUGCAUGGUAGUGCCUUACAAGCUGCAAACAAGCGUGGUGUCAAGAACGUUAAGGUUUCAAUUUCUCACGAUGAUGUCCAAUCUGUUGCUGUUGCAAUUUCUGAAUUCUGA